AUGGACGGCACAAUUCGAGCAUCACAGUUAACACCAGCAACAAGCAGCGAAAAACUACCGUCCGUUUUCAACAUCCUUGCGCAGGAGAAUCUUGCAUCGUCUAUUCGUCCUGCGUUUCAGCAUCUCGUUAAAUAUUUGGCUCUUUUUAAACCACAAACAUUCCAAAGUGCUCAUAGGAAUUUUGACGAAUUGUAUAUGGUUUUCGAUCUUCUUCUUCAAUAUUAUUUUCUUAAAAAUUAUGGAGGAACGUUCACCGAAAAUUUUUAUUCAAUGAAGCGUGUUUCUCAAGAAACUGGUGAAAUAAUACAAGAUACGCGAGAUAUACUUCGAACAUUGUUUAUUGAAUCUAUUGUUCCAUACCUUGAACGUAAACUAAACAAUCUCUACGAAAAGAUCAAAGAAGUCUACGAGUUUCGUACAUGGAGAAGUAUCAAGGACAUUCACUCGGGCUUGUUGAAAAGUUUCGUGUUCCUCUGGCCGCAUUUGAAGACCAUUCUUGGCGCAGUGAAGGCACUAUUCCAAUUAGGAUACUUGACAAACCGAAUCUCAGUUCAUUCUCCGUGGAUUCAUUUUGCUAAAGUUUUUUUGAAAACACUGACGCCCGUUGACAUUAAUAGAUUUAACACCGUUCCGUUGCAUUUGCGCACCGGGUUUUUCAAUCGAAUUUGGAGAUUUAUUCUGGGACUUCCGGGUGUUUUAAGCCGGGUUUUUGCUUACGCGAUGUUUUUUGUCCAAUUUCUAAACCAUAUUUACAAUACGGACCUGGGAGUUCUUUCUGGUGUUUCAGCUAAAACGAAUAUUCCGAAAGCUCCUCACAAAUUUUUGCUGAGUGAGAACGAAGUGAUGUGCUUGGAUACCAACAAGUGUCCAAUUUGCUUGAAGAAGCGAGUUAAUGAUACAGCAUUAUUUGUUUCCGGAUACGUAUUCUGCUACACGUGCAUUAACCAGUACGUGAAUACCCACAAUAAGUGUCCCAUAACUUCUCUUCCAGCAAAUAACCAUCACCUCAUUCGUCUAUUCGUGUAA